AAACGCUCACACCCGCUCCUGCACUCCGCAAGUGUUGUCUGUAGACCGGUGGAGGGCUGCAGGACGGGACCGCUGCACCGGGACAAAACAACACCUCCACUCAGGAUGGACUGAAGCAACGACCGCGGGAGCAAGAGGAUAACGACAUGAGGAAACCACCGCUGACCAGCAAGGAUUUACUUUCCCAAGAAACGUAGCAUUUUUGCCCCAUGCAUCACCCUGCUUCAUCCGGGCUGUUGUGGCUGCGUACUCGUGUUCCCAGACGUUUCCUUGAGAAUCUUUCUCUGUGUUUGGUAACAGGCAGGCAGACAGGAAGAGGACAUCAUGGACUGACUGAGAGAGUCAGAGCACAUGCAAACAGAUGAGUCACAUAUGAGUGAUAGAUGAUGUAACAAUGUAAUGAUGUCUUCUAGCAGACCAUGGAGCUUUUGAUGCUCACACAUUCACUUUGCCAAUGACAAAACAAGCUACAGACUCAGGCAGUGGAGGGGCAAUGACCUAAUUUAGAUCAAGUGACCUCAUACUGAUAAGUAGCCGGCCUCCUCACUGGGUGAUGGAACAUAAUCACAAAUGGACUCUUAUCAGCGUGGCUGGAGUGUGUGAGGUUACAUGAUAUUUCUGUGUGUGUAUGUGUGUGUGGAUGACUGUGUAACUCAGUGAGUUUUGAUGCUACAUGCAGCAAUGUUGCGGCGUGGUCUACUAUCCAGGGUCUCUCGUGUUGGGGGCAUGCUGGUACUCCUCUGCUGCUCCCUGUCGCUGCUCUAUGUGAUGACCUGCAGUCCGCCGCAUUCUGACGACCCUCCACUGAGUCAUGCUCUGCCCCGUCCUGGACCCAUCCACCCCAGCUUGGGGGGUACAGGGCCAGGGAUUGGAGCAGGAGCAGGUGGGACUGGAGGAGCCCGAGCUGGGCCUGCUCAAAGCGGUGGAUCCCCCGGUGUUCAGUCUUAUCAGGUGCUACUCCAAGAACGCGAGGAGCAGCACCGCCUCCACAUCUCGUCCUUGAAGAAGCAGAUAGCUCAGCUCAAGGAGGCUUUGCAGGAGCGUAGCCAGCAGCUGAAAGGAGUACAGGAGAGCCUGAAGAGAGCUGCUGGAGGCCCAGCAGACGGACAGGAAGCAGGGGCUGGUUUGCAGGGUGGUGGUCUUGGGGAGGCCCAGGGACCAAAAAGCCAGCAGGCGGACCUCCAGGAGUUCCUGCGGAGCCAGCUGUCGAAGGCCGAGGUGACCGCCGGCGCCAGGUUGCCCAGUGAGUACGCAGUGGUGCCCUUUGAGAGUUUCACCCUACAGAGAGUGUACCAGCUGGAGAUGGGGCUGACGCGUCACCCCGAGGAGAAGCCUGUGAGGAAGGACAAGAGAGAGGAGCUGGGAGAGGUGCUGGAGACUGCCCUGCACAGCCUCAACACGCCAUCAUCCCAGCAAGACAGCAGGAGUGCGGCUGAAAGGUCCCAAACAAGCAAAGUGUACUCACCGUCUGACUUCGUAGAAGGUAUCACACGUACAGAGAAAGACAAAGGGACGCUGUACGAGCUGACAUUCAGAGGGGAGUCCAGUAAUGAAUUCAGGCGUCUGGUCCUCUUCCGUCCUUUUGGACCACUGUUGAAGGUGAAAAACGAGAGGGUGGACACAGUCAACGUCCCAAUCAACAUCAUCGUCCCGCUGUCCAGACGCACAGACAAGUUCAAACAGUUCAUGCACAACUUCAGGGAAGUCUGCUUGCGUCAGGACGGCCGGGUCCAUCUGACAGUGGUGUAUUUUGGGAAAGAGCAGAUGAGCGAAGUCCGCAGCACUCUAGAGAACACAUCCAGGGAAGUUAAUUUUAAGAACUACACUCUGCUGCAGCUGGAUGAGGAGUUUUCUCGGGGACGGGGUCUGGACGUGGGGGCCCGAGCCUGGAAGGGAGGCAACGUGCUGCUUUUCUUCUGCGACGUGGACAUCUACUUCACCGCCGACUUCCUCAACACCUGCCGACUCAACACGCAGCCUGGUAAAAAGGUGUUCUACCCGGUGCUAUUCAGCCAGUACAACCCCACUCUGAUCUAUGGAAGUCCUGAACACAUCCCACCUGUGGAGCAACAGCUGGUGAUCAAGAAAGACACAGGCUUCUGGAGGGACUUCGGUUUCGGCAUGACCUGCCAGUACAGGUCCGACUUCAUAAACAUAGGAGGGUUUGACAUCGAUAUCAAAGGCUGGGGGGGCGAGGAUGUCCACCUUUACAGAAAGUACCUCCAUAGCAACCUCCUUGUGGUCCGAGCGCCGUCGCGAGGCUUGUUCCACCUGUGGCAUGAGAAACAUUGUGCUGAUGAGCUCCCUCCAGACCAGUACCGCAUGUGCAUGCAGUCCAAGGCCAUGAACGAGGCCUCGCACGGCCAGCUGGGGAUGCUGUUCUUCAGGCACGAGAUCGAGGCUCACCUCCGCAAACAGAAACAACAGCAAAACUCAAACCCCAAGAAGACCUGAAGUCUUAAAGCUUGCUGAGUUAUAAUCACCACAACGACUGCGAUCAUUAAAAAUUGCGCAGAUGAAUUCAACUGAUAUGAACUACAUCAGAUUUUAAAGGAAUAGUGCAACAUUUUAGAAACUGUGCUCAUUCAGUUUCUUGGCUGAUAGUUAGAUGAGGAGGCUGAUACCUCUCUCAUAUGUGUAUAACAGAUAUGGAGCUAGCAGGUGAUUUGCUUAGCUUAGCGUGGAAAUGGGGAGUCAGCUAGCUUGGCUCUGUCAGAAGGUGCAAAAUGCUGCACCUAUGGAGCUCACCAAUUAACAUGUUGUAUUUCUUAAUUGUACAAAAAGCUGAUUGUAAAAAUGACCUGUGGUCUUAUGGGUGGUUAUGUGCCCAAGAAAUAGACAGAAAAAGAUUUUGUCUCCUUUGUCCAGAGCCUGUUUCCAUUCUUUAUACUAGGCAAGGCUCCAUAUUUAGUGUACAUAUAUAAGACUGGUAUCAAUCUUUUCAUCUACCUCUCUACAAGAAGGAGAAAAGGCACAUUUCCUAAACUGUCAAACUAUUCCUUAAAUGAAAAAAUGUGAAGACCUUUUACUUUUCCAGGACUCCGUGCACUUUGCUGCUCUGGAAAGGUCAAGACAGAAUUAAGAAUUAAUUAAAACUGAACUGCUUAAGGUAUUCAUCGUCACAGCUGGAGUGGACAUUUGUUGGACAUUAAUCAACAGAAUGGUCUCCUGUGUCAAACAUCCACCUGUAGCUUAAUGUCCAUUUGUAAUAUUCUCUGUAACUACAGCAAGUCCUUUCAGAAAGAAAACAUAGGACAUAAGUUUGAGCUCUCUGAGCCGUGUGCCUUCUGUAUUAAAAACCCAAACACUGUCUCCUCAGUUUGGCCAGUGAAAACUGAAUCUACCUACAAGUUUUUAUAUGUAGGGAAACAGAGCCACCUAGUGGAGAGAAAGUCAACAACAUGUUAGUGUAUAAACAAUGAAGGACUUGUUUAAAGCCUGCAAUGGCCUUGUAAAACAUUUAUAUAAAUUAUUGAUCUGUAAUCCUCAUUUCGUUAUUUAUGUUAUUCUUUUGUAAAUGCCACCAUUUUUAAGGAUUCUGGUUUCCGGUGCAGUUGUUGCCUGGACAGUAUUAUGUUUGGGCCGUUCACCUCUAUUGUGAAGUGAGACUGAUGUUGGUGAGUCAAAGAGAAACAUGCUACGAAUGACAGUAUCUAUACGGCCCGACAAACGCAGAGCACAGUGACUACAAAAGCAGUCAAGUUAAGAGAAAAAGGUUGAAAGUUUUCAGGCUGGAUGGCAAACUGAAAAACAGAAAGGUUGUAAUGCUCUUGUUUUGUCUUUUUUAGUUGAUUUUAUACCAAAAAAUAAUUGCCAUAGGGUCAAAAACAAGAUGGCAGUUAAGCUAUUAACUAAUUAUUAUUUUUCUCAAAAGCCCUCUCACCAUAACAUGUAUGCAUUUAUGCCCAAAAUAUACAUAAAGAUAAGUUAAUUUUUUAAAAGUUUAUUUUAAAAGAUGAAACAUGCUGUAGACUAAUUUCUGUUUCUUGUUACAUAACUAAUGUGUGGACACAUAAUGGAUAGACAAGGAGAACGGUAAUACUGUUCACUGUCCUGACAUUGACGAUGACUUAACUUAAGUCGGAACAAGACUACUGAUUUUAAUAUUUUUGUUUCUGUCAAUCAAAUGUGACUCUUGUGAGGCCUUGUCAGAAAUAUCCACACAGAGUGCAUUAAUGAAGAAUUAAUGUGACAUGUAUUGCUGAGCAGUCACAGAAACUGGAGAUGUUAGGGUUUAGGUGUAGAGAUAUGAAUGCCUUGAUGGUUACUUUAUGUUUGUUUUAAUAUUAUCUCCCAUAGAUCUUGUUCCAGCACUUCUUCAGUCAGUCAGAACAAGCUGUACUUUUGGUGGAUGACCAAAGAUGUGAAAAUAGGCACUUUUUGAAACAUGUUUUUAUCGUUUGCCAUUGAAACAUUCCUUGUAAUAAUAUAUCGAAUGACUUUACAUUUCAACUUAUUUUUUCACUUCAUGUAAAUGAGCUGAAUAAAACAUACUUGUGCAUUGUG